AUGGUCCGACACAAAAAAGACAACUUUGCGCGAGGAGGCAAGAAAUUCUCCAAUCCGCGUCCCAAAGUGCCCCGGGAUGGUGAGCAGGAAUCCUCGCGCCCAGUGUACAAGGCGGCCUGCUGGGACAUGGGCCAUUGUGACCCGAAGCGAUGCUCUGGAAAGAAAUUGAUGAAGCUGGGUCUGAUGCGAGAGCUUCAUAUUGGCCAGCGGUCUCCUGGCGUGGUCGUCUCCCCGAAUGCAAAACGAGUCAUAUCCCCCGCCGAUCGCGAAAUCAUGGAACAGCAUGGUGCAGCAGUGGUGGAAUGCUCCUGGGUACGAGUCAAGGAAGUGCCAUGGUCGCGGAUUGGUGGGAAAUGUGAACGACUGUUGCCCUAUCUGAUCGCUGCUAAUACUGUCAACUACGGAAAACCAUGGCGACUGAACUGUGUUGAGGCGUUGGCCGCCUGUUUCUACAUCUGUGGUCACGCAGACUGGGCCAAAGACGUCUUGAAGAACUUCCGGUACGGCGAGGCUUUCCUCGAUAUCAAUUCGGAACUCCUGAACCGCUACGCCGCCUGCGAAACAGAAGAUGAUGUCAAAAGGACGGAGGAGGAAUGGCUCGCCAAGAUCGAACGGGAAUACGAGGACAGUCGUGUAGAGGGGGCUGAUGAUAUGUGGACUGUCGGGAAUACCAAUCGCAGACCAGCGGAGAAAGACUCGGACGGAGAAGAGGAUGGUAGCGAAGAUGAAGGCAGUGGCGAUAACGAAGAUGAGGAUGAGGAUGAGGAUGAGGAUGAUGCCGACAAGGAUCCCUUUGCGAUCUCCGACGAUUCUGAGGACGAAGAACAGAUGGCGGAGAUUCGCCGCAAGAUUCUUAGUUCCAAAGCAUUCCAGAAUCCGUCUCAGUCGGAUAAACAACAGCCGGAAAAGAUUGCGCCGCCUGAACCCUUGUACGUUGAUUCGGAUGCCGAAUCUGGAUCUGCAGGCAGUGAAGACGAGGCAUUUGAUAACAUCAUCAACGCGACCACGGUCACUGACCGCACCGGCAUCAAAGCAAUCCAGCAACGGAGGGGCAAAGAAACUGUAUCUGCUUCAUUUUCGCGGACCGAGAUAUCCGCGCCCAAGAGGUGGUGA